AUGGCACCACCGCACGGCGGCAAAUCGGCGCCGGAGGCGAACGACGGGUCGAUCCCCGAACGCCCCAUCUCGAGUAUACUCUUUGUUAUCGCUAUGCAAACGGAGGCAUCACCUCUGGUGAAUAAGCUCCGGCUCACUGAGGACGUUGAUUCUGUGUUUCCUCAGGGCGUUCCAUGGGUAAGGUACUGUGGUAAAUACAAAAAUUUGAAUAUCAACGUUGUUUGUCCCGGAAAAGACACAAAUUUGGGGAUUGAUAAUAUUGGAACGGUUUCAGCAUCUCUCGUGACUUAUGCUUCUAUUCAAGCCCUGCAUCCCGAUCUUAUUAUAAAUGCAGGAACUGCAGGAGGAUUUAAGGAAAAAGGUGCUUCCAUAGGUGAUGUGUUUUUGGCUUCACACGUUGCUUUCCAUGAUAGACGAAAUCCUCUUCCCUUACGAGACAUAUAUUGUAUUGGCUUACGUCAAGCAUUCUCCACACCAAAUCUUGCAAAAGAGUUGAACUUAAAGGUUGCCAAAUUGUCCACUGGAAAUUCUUUGGACAUGUCACCUCAGGACGCAGCUGGGAUAAUUGCAAAUGAUGCAACUGUUAAGGACAUGGAGGGGGCAGCAAUAGCUUACUUGACCGACCUUCUCAAAGUCCCCACGAUAUUUUUGAAAGCUGUGACUGAUAUUAUCGAUGGUGAUAAGCCCACGGCCGAGGAGUUCUUGCUGAAUUUGGCUACAGUUACUGUUGCACUCGGUCAAGCAGCAGCUCGGGUCGUUGACUUUAUCGAUGGAAAGACAUUGGCUGACAUGUGA